CCACUGGCCCCGCUCCCGCCCGCGCCGCCCCACUCGUGCAGGGCCCGCUAUGAUUUAGAAGUUCAGGAAUCCCACGUGACGUCACCCCGGGGUGACGUUAUGCUUCUCUAAAUAGAUCGCAUUGUAAUCCUUUCUCAGUCCAACGUGGUUUCUUCUCAGAGGCUGCUUCACAUUUUCUACACUUGUUUGUUUUAUGAGACGCUGGCCAGAGGGAUGAACUCAGACCAGGAAAGGCCAUUCGUGUGCAAUGCUCCUGGCUGCUCUCAGCGUUUUCCCACGGAGGAUCAUCUGAUGAUUCAUCGUCACAAACAUGAGAUGACCCUUAAGUUCCCCUCCAUAAAAAACGACAACAUGUUAUCAGACCAGACGCCCACUCCAACCCGAUUCUUGAAGAACUGUGAAGAGGUCGGACUGUUCAGUGACCUGGACUGCUCCAUUGAGCAGGACUUCUGCAAAGCGCAAGAAGAAGAAGACAGUAAGCAGAACAUCGCACUGCAUGGGCAAGCAGGUCAAGGUCAGCACCAGCAGUCCCACGCACGGAUGGCCAACCAUGAUACCAGCAUAGUGAUCCAGCAGGCCCUUCCUUCUCCCCAGUCCAGCUCAGUUAUCACUCAGGCUCCCUCCACCAACAGACAGAUAGGGCCAGUCCCCGGCUCUCUGUCCUCACUACUGCACCUACGAAACAGACAGAGACAGCCUCUGCCAGCCUCCAUGCCUGGAACCCUGCCAGACCCAACCAUGCCUGGCUCCUCCGCUGUGUUGAUGCCCAUGGAGAGGCAAAUGUCCAUGGGUUCCAACAUGAUGGGCAUGCCGAGCCCCGCCCACAGCAACUCCUGCUCCACUCACAUUCCCUCAAUGCACUCAGAAGCCAAACUGAGGCUGAAAGCUGCCCUCUCCCACCACCCUGGUGCCAUCCCUAACGGCAACAUGAACUCCAUGGGCCACAUGAUGGAGAUGAUGUCAACAAGACAGGAGCAGGGCAACCAUCAUCACAUGCACUCGCACCCGCACCAGCACCUCCAAGCACCUCCCCACACGUACCAGCACCACGGACACCACCACCACAACCAGGGCCACGGCCAGGGCACACACCACCACCCACAAGGACACAACCCUCAUCACAACUCCCACAAUCCUCACCUCCUGCCCGGGCACCCACACCAGACAUCACCGCACGCUCCUAUGCACUCGCAGAUGUCACCUGCAACCCAGCAGAUGCAGCCCACACAGACGCUGCAGUCCCCCCCAGCCAGCGGCGGGCGACGCAGACGGGUAGUGGACGAGGAUCCGGACGAACGACGGCGAAAGUUUCUCGAGCGAAACAGAGCGGCUGCGACGAGGUGCAGGCAGAAGAGAAAAGUGUGGGUGAUGUCCUUGGAGAAAAAAGCUGAAGAGCUCACUCAGACUAACAUGCAGCUUCAGAAUGAAGUAACCAUGCUAAAGAAUGAGGUGACCCAACUCAAACAGCUUCUGCUCACACACAAGGACUGCCCCAUCACCACUAUGCAGAAAGAGUCCCAAGGUUACCUCAGUCCAGAGAGCAGUCCAGCUGGCAGUCCUACCCCAGCAUGCUCCCAGCAGCAGCAAGUCAUCCAGCACAACACCAUCACCACCUCCACCACGACUGUAGGGGGCGGCACUGUGCACGGACAGGCUAACCAUCGCACAGACAUUAACCCCAUCCACUAGGGACUGGAGAGUAUCAUUUUUUUCAGCUCCCCCUCUUCUUUUCUGAGGGUCACCAGCUGCACACGCUGCCCCCCCUCCAAGUCCCGCCUCCCACUAGGAGAAAAACCUCAAAAGACCAGCGCGGCUGCUCUUUAUACAGUAGCUACAGUAUAUUUUUAUAGACCAACCCUGUUAACGUGCAGUGGCUCUGUGGUUUGCCCAGUCUUGUUUUUCUGUCUGCUUUUUUUUGUGCAAUUGGCUGAAAGAAGUGUUGUUGCUGAUCAUCAACAGCAGUUUUGGAAGUUUUUCUACUUUGUUAUGGUACAAAGCUGACGAGGUGGAUAUGGAACCAGAGAAAGGAGCCAAAAAGCAUCUGAUUAUCUUCCCCAGAAUUAUGUCUUAGAUUUUGUAUGCAUAAUGGACUGAAUAAGAAGUCAAAUCAUUACCUGUGCAAGACAGACAGGUGGACUUCGGUAUCGUAUGUUUGACACAGAAUCCACGUCAAACUGGCGCUAUGCCUUUGUAAAGACUUAAAUCUGGUAUGACUGUUAGCAUUCACCCUGUUACUAUAAGUCUUAAUGAGCUUUAUUAUAAUCUGCAUGACAGUGAUGACACCUUGCGUACAAAUGGAAGCAAUACAUAGCAGUGUUGAUUAUCCCCGUUUACUGUAUCCCCGCAUCAUGAUCAGUGACCAAAACAUUUGAUGUUGUGUCAGCUACAGAACUGAACACUGUGAUCCCGGUGAGGCAGCUCAGGGCGUUGAGACCAACUCCUAAGCACUGCAGGACCAACUCAAGCUUUAAUCGUUGAAGACUUUUAUUUGUCUGUGUCGAGUGUUUGGAUUUAAGUUCCAUAUGAAAUUUAUGUUUGAUUGUGCGAAUGCAUGUGAGUACUGUAUAGUGAUCUUUUUCCUUCUUUUCUGUGCAGAACAAAGUUCAGUUAGAGCAGAAAAAGAGAGGAGCUUGUGAGAAAACAGGAGAAUUUGGGAAAAUUAUUUCUUUUGGGGAACAGACAGCCUUUAAGCAUUUCUUUCUCGGUGUACUUUCCAAGUUAUCACAAUGUGCCUGAAUCUUUUUUUUUUGUUUUGUUUUGUUUGCUUACGUUAGACAACUUUGAAAAAUUGUUUUCUGUUGUGUUACUACUUUAAUUGUUUAUGUUUGAUGCAUAUUAGAGAUAGAUUUUUCCACAGGUAAAUAAGUAUUGAGCAUAUUUAUGUUUUUCUCAUGACAGUCAUGCUGCAUGUCUGUAACAGCCCAGGUAGUAUCUACACAUGGAGAAAAUAAAUCCAAGUUAUGCCAGAUCUUUUGUAAUGAUAUGGUAUGUCACAGGGAAUGAAUAUUGAAAAUGCUUACUAAAAUGUAUGCAAUCUAAUAUUAAAAGGGGGGGGGGGGUAAAAAAUCCUUUUUGAACCGUUUCAGAACAGACAUACGGAAAUUGAGUUCAUUCAUUGGUUAGAUUCGAUCCUCUACAUACCUGUUCCAGUUCUUGAUUUCUCUGCAACCCUCCUCUGUGCACUAUGAGACUGGAAUUCAUUUUUAAUUGGAUUCCAGUCAGAUGAUUGACUGGGCCAUUCAACUGUAUUUUCUUUUUCUAAAACUGUCAGUUUUCUUGGUUGUUUGUUUGGGAUCAAUGUCUUGCCUAAAAACUUAUCUUCAUUUCACCUUCAGAUCAGUUGUAAAUAUGCCUGCCAGUGUUAAAUUACUUUCUAACCUCAAUGUUAGUGUCGUGUUUUGGGAUAGUAUAAUUCUUAAUUCGUUCCCCAAAUAUGGUGUGGACAGUGACAGUGUUAUUUUGUUCCUAAGCUGAACACAUGUUUAUGUUGACUUCACUUCAGCAGUGAAUGCGAACAGCCUAAUUCCAGGUAUUUCUUGAGAACUCUGCAAGUAGUCCCCGGCUCUUCUAAGCAAUUUUUCUUGUCUCAUCUGUCAAAGACUUUGCCAAAAAUACCUGUUUGUGACCGUAACUGUGCUCACAGAAAUCCAGAAACCUCUCUUUAACCAAAACUACCAGCAUCUUGUGCUGCAAUCCGUUUGUGAUGGUUACGAGAGAUUUCUUUGCUUUUGCUUGUCAUAAGACACUUAAUGCAUGAUUUCUUGGUAAUAAGAAUCAUUUUUUUUAACCCAACAAUUGAAUACUAUUAGUCAGCUAAUGAGGUGCAGGAUUUUUUUUCUAAAUACUGCCAGAUUUUAGUGUUUGUUCUUCUCCUUCUUGUUCUUUUUUAAAAUACUUUUAAAGUGUUCAGUACUUCUUUCCUGUGACACAUUUGUUUGAUUUUUUGUUUUUUUUCAUAAUACAUAGUUUGUCACUGACAUGUGGCAUUCAUUUCAGGGCAGUAGCCUCACUAGAAAUCUAUGUCCUGAGAAAAACAUUGAUGUGUUAAAUAAUUGUUUGCAAUUCUCUAUUACUGCCUUUUUCUGUCCCCUCGUCAACCUCAAAACUUCUCACAUCAACCACAUCUUGUCCUUAACUCCUCUCUUGAAUGACCAGAAAUGUCAGUUGAAUUGCAUGCAGACCAUGAUGCACUGUGUUUUGCAGCAACAUGGGUGAAAUACAUUCCUCUGGCAGGUGGGGAGAUCACAGCGUUGUCUAUGCACUUUUGUCCUCUGAUGUGACAGAGGGUAGAAUAGCCAUAUUAAAAGGUCAGAGUAAUUCUCAGCGAUCUCCCAUCUUCACACACCAGCGAGAAAAACGUAGCGUGUUUUGCCUUUUCUUUUCUUUUCUUUGAGAGGCCAUGCCUGCCUUGCAUCACAAGGAGACCUAAAGUGUCGGUAUGGAUGUCGAGCUGUUUAACUUGUGCUUCUUGUUGUUUUCAAAAACGUUUCUCUUCCCAUUCAUGCCAGGCUGUUGAAGGGUUUGGAGAAAUGUAGCUUUUAUGUAGUCUCUUGAUGUCGGAGCCUGCAUGUGCAGCUCAGUAUGAGUGAUGAAGAGUGAGAGAAAUUCUCUUAAAAAGGGCUUUGUUGUACCACCCCUCUGACUGGAAGCUUGCCUUAUUUUUAGUUUGUAAAACUAAUGACGGAGAUGAUGUCUGAGUUACCAUUCCGAAUUAAUCCUUUUGCAUGGAAAAAAAAUAAAAAAUGUUAAUGACCUCAGAAUACUUUAACUGGAAUCAUUAGUCUUUGGAGUUAUAUAUAACUUUACUCUCUUUGACUGAAUUUGAAUUUAUUACAGAGAAAAACAUUUGUUACUCUUUCGGCAAAGAAAACGGUCAGAUGGAAGACAACGUGUGCAUAUCUGUGUGCAACAUCACAUUGAUGAUGUUGUGACUGUAUUAUUUGAAAUUUAAAUAUAUAAAUAUUGUACAUAUCAUUAAUUUCUAUAAUCAUGUACAUGUAUUGACACCACCUUUCUUUUUGAAGGGAGUAUGAAAUGUGUGGUACGUUUGUAAAUAAUGUUUUCAUAGCACUUGUUGCCUUUUGUUGAACGCCUAAACAUGGCGACUCGUUCCAGCGCUUCAAAACUUGUUUAUAUGAAAUGGACUGAUGAAUCCAUUCAUGCCUGCAUAACUUUGUACAACAUUUUGUGUGUUUGUGUCUGUAAUUAUGUUGCCUUUGUUUUAAUUUGCAUUUGUACAGACAUUUAAUAUCAUUGCAGUUACAUUACGGUAUGAAAAUAAAGCACUUGUUCUGUAACAUA